GAGCGAAGCCCUUACAGCCAGUGUCCGCCGCCAGGGAGCUCACGUCUUUCUGCUUUCCGGAGGUGCAAAAUCCACAGUCACCAUGUCUGACACCGAAGAAGUGGCAGAGGUCGUAGCCGAAGAGGUGGUAGAAGUAGAAGUAGCACCAGAAGUGGCUCCAGAGCCAGAGCCAGAGCCAGAGGUAGCCCCAGAACCAGAACCAGUGCCAGAACCAGAGCCAGUGCCAGAGGUAGCCCCAGAGCCAGAACCACAACCACAGCCUGAGCCUCAGCCUGAGCCAGUGGAGGAGGUGCAGGAAGAGGAGAAGCCAAAAUUCAAACCCACUGCACCCAGGAUUCCUGAGGGUGACAAAGUGGAUUUUGAUGACAUCCAGAAGAAACGCCAGAACAAAGACCUCAUUGAGCUGCAGGCCCUGAUCGAUGCUCAUUUUGAGCACAGGAAGAAGGAGGAGGAGGAGCUCAUCGCCCUCAAAGAAAGAAUUGAGAAGCGCAGAACAGAGAGGUCCGAACAGCAGAGGAUCCGUGCGGAGAAGGAUAAGGAGCGCCAGGCGAGACGUGAGGAGGAGAGGCUGAAGAGGGAAGAGGCUGAUGCUAAGAAAAGAGCCGAUGAGGAGGCCAAGAAGAAGACCGCUCUUUCCAACAUGGGCUCCCAAUACAGCAGCUACUUGCAGAAGGCUGACCAGAAGAGAGGGAAGAAGCAAACUGAGCGUGAGAAGAAGAAGAAGAUCCUGGCUGAGAGACGCAAGGCUCUCAACAUUGACCAUCUGAAUGAGGACAAGCUGAGGGAGAAGGCCAAGGAACUGUGGGAAUGGAUGCAUACCUUGGAGUCUGAGAAGUUUGAUCACAUGGAGAAGCUGAAGAAGCAGAAGUAUGAGGUGAUCUCUCUCAGAAACCGCAUUGAUGAGCUCCAGAAGCACAGCAAGAAGGGAGCCGCUGCUCGCCGCAGAAAGUAAAGUGCAGCCCACCCCCACCCCCACGCCCACGCCCACCCUGCAGCUCAGAGCUCGGACCCCCGUUGGCACGGACCCCUCAGCCCCAGACCUCCACGCCGUGGCUAGACCGCUCACACUCGAUGCUUUACAGCUUGUGUCUUGUUACGUGGCCUUCCACACAUAUAGAGAUAAAGAGUGAUGUGUAGAGCACUCUGGAUCAUGGUAGCUUUUACUUUACCUUCUCACACUGGACUGUUUCACUCUCCAUAACUUUGUAAAUAAAGUGUGAUCCUUCAGCCUAA